AUGGAGCGACGAAUGGAUCGUCGUGAACGAGAGCGGGAACGAUCCCGUCAAAGCAGUUCCAACGACCGUGUCGACUUGGAUUCACGCACGCCACUAGCCUGGCAACACCGCGAUUUCAAUUAUCAGCACAGCGGCAGCAGUAACAAUCAAUCCAAUUUCCACGAGAGAUAUCCAGAAGGUGUACCGUCAUCGAGCUCCGAUCGUUUUUCUCACCCGAGUUUGGGUUCACGGUCAGCUCGGUCUGCCGCGAUGGAAGAUGGAAGAGGGCAGCGACAGUCUGAGAGCGGCCAACAGACGGGCAAGAGGAUGCACGCCAGUGUUCCAGCCGCCCGAGGUGGUGCUGGCAAGAAAGCAUCGACUUCAUCCUCGACAGGAACUAGCAACCACACCGGAAUAACGCCAGCAGCGGAAGGCGCUGGUGGGGGCAGACCAGGUAACCGCAACUCGUCCGCUCGUCCAUCGCGUUCCAGCCAAGAAACAACGACCGGCUCGAGCAGCGAAACGGAAACAGACGCCGAGAGAAUGCAGACCAGCCGGCCAGGAACUAGUGGGACAUUGCGCUCGAUUCAGUCGAUGCCCUUGUUGACUCCGUUGCAACAGCAUCACAAUCAACAGCAACAAGCGAUUUAUAAUCCGGUUAUGGCCUCCGGCGGUAUUUACGGAGUAGUCGGAAUGCAUCCGGCAAUGAUGGCACAUUCAGCUCAAAUGCAAGCCGCUGCGGCGGCGGCGGCAGCAGCAGCCGGAAAUCCGACGUGGAAUGGAGAACCGUGUCCAGUUCACGGUUCCGGAAUUCAUCCAGCUCACCAUCAGAUGCAGAUGGGUCAUUAUCAAACGCCCCAUGGAACAAUUGCAACUUAUCAACCGCUUUACAGUAGUAUGUCCAUGAAAAGGGCAGCUUCCAUCCAUGAAAUGGCCAUGGCUACUCCACUGCCGGCCAUCAUGCCGCCUCCGCUGCCGCCCGGACCCAUUUAUGGAACUUUACCGCAUCCGGGUGCUGGUCCCCAUCAGUUUGUGAUGCAACAGCCCAGUCACGAACAGCCUACACAUUUUGUCAUGAUGACUGCCCCGUCUUCCAUGAUCCACGGCCCACCAGCGUCAUCUCUCGGCGGAAGGAGAACACGUCACGGACAAGUGCGAUCCAGCGGGCCGGGUUCUCUGCCGCCCAUGCCAACAGCAACGCAAAUGGCCACUAUGCAAAGACAAGGUCGUCAGUUAGUGGUCAAUGGUAAAAACGGACAGCCGGAACCUUUGCCCGUCCGUCACGAUGCGCCGCCUUUACCGCCCAAGAUUCCGCCGUCGGAUGUCGCGUCGAAAACGGCGUCCAGGACGAGCACCACCAAGCCUUUCAGUUACAACGCCUGUUGCAAAGGCAAUGUCGUCGUCCUUUGGGUCAUUUUGGGUAUCAUCGCGUUGGGUGUGGUUUUGGCCAUCGUAUUCUAUUACGCUUUUCAAUAGAAAUUGUUUUCGGACGGACACAAAUUCAACCAAUGGCGGGAUCGGAAUUGUUGCGGUAUUCCUUUUCGAAAAUGCGCGUUUCUAUUUCUGGCAAAACAAUUUAAUUCGAUGAUUACGAUCAAUCGGAGAUGGAUUAUUAAUGUGUCUUUUUACGUACUCACCUGAAUUUACAGGUGUGGUUAUCCCCCUUUUAUUCUACAUUUUUUUUUCUCCUAUAAUUUUCGUUCAAUUUUUGUUCUUCCUAUUUCGCUUAAGGCUCAACCAAUUUUCUUUUUUCUGAAUGACUGUAAAAAGAAAAAAUAAAUACAAAAACAAAAACAAAAAAAGAAAAGACACGAAACACGUAAAAAUAAAAUGCAAUAAAUAAGAAAAGAAAAACAAAAAUGUUAUUCGGGAUGCAAAGGUCAGCAACAACAAUCCACUUGAUCUUACCUUCUUCAACGAAACCGCUGAAGAAAGAAGCCCUCUGGCUUGUGUCGUGAUCCUGUGCACGAGAAAUAACAAUAGAAUUUUUUUUUUUAACUUCAGUGUGUGAUCAUGUUUUGACUGUCCAAAAGAAACGUGUCCGUCUCUCUUUCCAACUGUGUGUUUUUUUUGUGUGCGUGUGAAUGUGUUUCCCUUUUUCAACAUCAUUUUAUUUAAUUUUUUAAAAAUACCAAUCCAUCCCCCAUCGUUUAUGCAUUUCAUUGUGUAUGAUGUGAAUCGACACACACGUGUGUUCCAAAUAAAAAUAGGAAAGAAAACAAA